GAGAACAAGAACGACCGCCUCGAUCAGCUGUAUCCCGUGCCGGCGUGCCGCCAUCCUCGCAGCCGCAGCCGCGCCGGAGUAAGUACAAACAGGAGACGCCAUCACUGUCUGUGCUCGAAGUCGGGUACAAAUAUAGAAGGCGUAGUGAGCCAAGGAUUAGCCGGUUGCGUGCUUUAGAGUGCGCCAUGGAGAAGACGGAGGCGGCGGGAGCGGGAGGAGAAGAGGCCGGGAGGUUGACGAAGGCGGCGCCGGCGCUGAAGGUGGUGGCGGCCGUGGACGCGAGCGAGGAGAGCCUGCACGCGCUGUCGUGGGCGCUCGACAACAUCGUGCGGUGCCACCCGGACUCGGCGGUCGUCGUCGUCCACGCCCAGCACGCCGCCGACCACGUCGUCUACCCCGUCGCCGCGCACGGUAUCGGCAUCGCCUACGCGCCGACCUCGGCGGUGGAGUCCAUGCUGAGGGCGCGGGAGGAGAACUCCAGGAGGAUCGUGGCGCGCGCGCUCGACAUCUGCAAGGCGAAACAGGUGGACGCCACGGCGGCCGUCGUGGAGGGCGACGCCAAGGAGGUCAUCUGCCAGGCCGUGGAGCGGAUGCAAGCCGGCCUGCUCGUCCUCGGCAGCCGAGGCCUCGGCAAAAUCAAGAGGGCGUUCUUGGGCAGCGUGAGCGACUACCUCACCCAUCACGCCGGCUGCCCCGUCCUGGUCGUGAAGCCGCCCAAAGCGCACGCCAAGUGAACAACCCAACUCCCGGAAACCUGUGAACUACUCCUACUGAACUUACUUGAGUGUAUGCAGUGACCUGUGCCGUCAAUAAUGAUGUGACAAGCUACUCCUUGUCUCCUACUAGAGAUGUUCAUACAAUGUACAUACCGAAUAGUAGACUGAUCUACCAGCAUACAAUGAGCAACAGAUGUAUAACUGCGCG